CUUCAUCUGAACCAUAAAACUUAAUCUCAUAUAAUUUUAUCUGAAGCUCAGAUUCUGAUUUUAAUACAGAAACACAGACAUGUCUGCUGGAACUGCGUCACUCUGCUCCACUUUGCUGUUUGUCAGCUUCCUCGUGUUCGUCUCUGCAGACCAGAAAAACAUCACAGCUGAGUCUGGACAGGACGUCACUCUGACAUGUCGAGCUCCAAACAACAACAUUAUAGCUGUAGAGUGGAGCAGAGAUGACCUGAGAGAUAAAUAUGUGCUUUGGUACCAGAAUGGUCGGUCUCCUGAUGAGCAUCAAUUUUUUAAGAACCGGGUGGAUCUGCAGGACAGACAGAUGAAAGAUGGCGACGUGUCUUUGAUUCUGAAGAAUGUGACGAUUAAUGACACUGGAACAUACGAGUGUCAUGUGUUCAUGCGAGGAACAAGCUCAUGGAAAUCCAUCAGUAUCGUCUACUUGACUGUUGUUGAUCCUCCAGACCAGAAAAACAUCACAGCUGAGUCUGGACAGAACGUCACUCUGACAUGUCGAGCUCCAAACAACAACAUUCUUGUAAAGUGGAGCACAGCUGUCCUUCAACAAGAAUAUGCACCUUUGUACCAGGAUGAGCAGUUUGAUCGAUCCAACCAGCAUCCAUCUUUUAAGAACCGGGUGGAUCUGCAGGACAGACAGAUGAAGGAUGGAGACGUGUCUUUGAUUCUGAAGGAUGUGACGAUUGAUGAUGCUGGAACAUACGAGUGUCGUGUUUUGAUGAAAGAAACUCGCUCAUGGAAGUACAGCUUCAUCUUCCUGAGUGUUUGUCCUUCAGAUCUACCAGGAGGAUUUAUUGGACUGAUACUUGCUGUUCUUCUUCUUUUUGUCACCAUUAUUGUUUGUUUGAUCUACAUAAAUUAUAAACUUUCCCGAUAUUUAAAAGAGUGUUUUACUCAAAAUAAUCAGGCUCUUCAGACAGACAAGGACAGACAGGAGUGAACUCUCCUGAACAUCCAGCAGACGGACAAUUAACAUCCAAACCGUCACAGGGUUGCUGUGGGAUAUUCGUGCAGCCCUGCCUCCUCAGUGUCAUGUGAAAGGCUUUUUUUUCAACGCUGGAGAGGAUCUUUUGUGUUUUGAAUUAUUUAUAGUCUCUGCUUUCAAUAUUAUUUUACAAGUUCUAGUCUCUUGGUUUAGCGCUCUGUCUGUGUUCCAUGUUUUCUUGGUCUCCCCUUUCACUCAUGUCUCUUUCUUUCAGUGCUAACUCCGUGUCUCUGUGCCUGGGUUAUGUUUCCUGUUUCACUUUUAUAGUCUCGCAUCCUUGUUAAUGUUUUCACUUUUGUUUCCCCUUGGUCUCAUUAUGUUUGAUUACUCCCAGUUGUGAUUCCCUCCUGUUUCCAUUCCCUCAUUAUCCCUCUGUGUAUUUGAGCCCUUAUCCUUGUUGACAUAAGAAGAGAAAAUGCUCUCAAUUAUGGAGACAGUCAAAUGGUUCAUUUAUGUUUGAUGUGUGCCUUACAUUGGUGU